ACCAAACUUCAUGAAUACACCAGCUUCGACCUUUGCAUCGCUUUCCCUCCAAGCCCGCUUCUCAUGGCCGAGACCUGCAUCGUCUGCCUCGGCGACCUGCUCACUGAAUCCUCCGAGUCGCCACCACCCGCCGGAGAACAAGCUCCCGCUUCUCGAAAUGGCUCGCUUGAAGCUGAACAACCAGCCGUAGCCAACUCGCCCGACGCUCGACUUGACCACGCCAGCCCCGCUUCCUCUCCGACACAUCCAACCCCCGAGCAUGAGUGGAUUGCCCACUUGCUGCCAUGUGGACACAAUCUGCACAACGAAUGCCUCAAACCCUGGGUUGAAAGGGCGAACAGCUGCCCCAUAUGCCGAGCGAGCUUUCACCAGGUGGAACUUAGAACAAACAUAGGAGGCUCUGUUUUGUCAUCCUACGCCGUUGAAGACAAACAACAAGUCGCCGAUGUGGAUCCGACCAUGCUUAUCGAAGAUGAUGACUUACUCGAGCCCUCCUUUGAGCCUUGCAUGGUCUGCGAUGCUUUUGGUGACGAGGAGCAUAUGAUGCUUUGUAGCAACUGCAAUCACACUUGCCAUGUGUUCUGCGCCGGAUUGGACGAACUACCUUCGGCGAUGUGGUACUGUCAAGAUUGCAUGGAGAAUCCAUUUCUUCUGGCAGAGAGCCAACGCGACAGACAACACAACCUCCCGGCUGUCAACGCUCGCCUGACUUCUCGUCAACGUACCAUCCGAGAUACCAGACUUAGGGCGGCGUCGCCCUGGGCACGUGUAUGGCAAGAAGUAAACCGCCGUACCGGCAUCGAUCUGGAUUUCCCCUUUGACGAUGAAGUCUUAGGGCAUUCCAGAGCUGAAGCGUUAGCUGAUGCGCAACGCCGCGAACAAGCUGCCUAUGAGCGACGUAUCCAGGUAGCGGAGCAGUAUGGCAGUGGCAAUCGGUUUAGAGAAAGUGCUGCAGCUCUCUUAGCUCCAAGGACAAGGCCCGGUCCUCCGGCUCCUGAGUCGCAAGAUGAGCUCAGAGCUUGGAACGCCUUCGAAAAAGCUAGGGAGGUCGCCUCACCUACCAAUGGCAGAAGGAAGAGAAAAUCCCCCACAUCGUCACCUCGAGGACAAUCAGCAGAGCCUGAGAGAGCUUUGAAGCGUCCCCGAACAAGGCGAGGUCCGGCUGCUACAGGCCCCUCAACCAGUGUUGCUGCUGGGCCUUCUGCCACACCAGCCACCUCUCCUGCCGAAGCAUCCGCCCCUCGUCGGGAUUCAAAAGAUCGCGCUGUGGAUGGCUCGGGCUCAAACUUCCUCCAGUCAUUACUGAGAGAGGUUGAGACAUCCACUCCAGCAGCCGAGCCUGCUCCAGUCCGGCAGCAGAAGGUCGCUUUAGCGUACGAGCGAGGCUCGUCACCACAGCUGUCUUCUCCUGGUGGCUCGCCAGUUGGCUCAAAUGUACCGACUCCCAGGGCCAUGACACCGCCUCCGCUGUUGCUUGCGCGACCUUUAUCCCCCUUGCUGUCCUCUAGUAUCACUCCUAUCUUCCCAUCUGUUGUUCCUGGUGCCCCUGAAUUUGCCCCUUUCUCACCCGCUGAGGACGACGCCCGCUUCGACCAUGAAUACAACGGUAGCGGUGCCGAGACUGCUGAACAAAGGCCGACAAGAUGCCAUCACCCUUCACAGAGAUCGCCUCGCACUAGUCCCCCGCAUUCCAAGGACACAUCUCCUUCACGUGCCAACAUGUCGUACUCGGCCAAAGCAGAGAUUCAACGCAUGGUCAAGGCGGUUCUCAAGCCCAUGUACUCAAAGCAGGAAAUCGACAAGGACGAGUACACCGAUAUCAACAUGAAGAUAUCGCGCAAGAUGUACGAUAUCGUAGGUGAUGCCAACAACCUAGCGGAGCAGAGGACACGGGAAAAGUGGCAGGAUGUGGCCACCGACGAGGUCAAAAAGGCUGUCAAAGCGCUACGAGAGGAAGCAGCAGGUAACGGUUCUGCCAAGGAGGAACUGGUCUCUGACGCCACAUCUUAAACUUGAAACUUAUGGC